UAGUUAUUGAUGUGAGCAUGCACUGGCAUGCUUAUGGACAUUAAAUUUGCCAUUUUCUCUUUUUUUUUUUUUUAAUGUCCCAAUGAAACCAGAGAUGCAAUGAACAUCCGUUUAAUUACUUGCUGACAGUCAGGGACACAAACUGAAGAAGCCCAUUGUGAAUCGUUCUCUGCUUUAGACUGUUGGGGGGUAUCUACCUUAAUUUUCUUCCCCCUCUUGGCUUAUCACAAGGGGAGAGAGAUGAACAUGCUGUUCCUGUUUUGGAAUUGGGAGUGUAGCUGCCUGUUGCCUCUGCUGGCGGCGGUGCUGUUGGUGGAGAGCUCCCAGGUGGACAUCUCAAGGUCUAAGGUUAACUCUAUCAAGUCCAUCUUGCUGGUACAGACUCCAACUCUAGCCACCAACAGGUCUCUAAUCAUUCAUCAUGGCAUGUCUCAUAAGAAAGGCAAAACCAUCGGACAGCCAUAUCCUUGCGUUAGCGACAAAGAGUGCGAGGUUGGAAAAUACUGCUACAGCCCUCACCAGGCGCCAUCUUCCUGUAUGAUUUGCAGACGAAAAAAGAAACGUUGCCAUAGAGAUGGAAUGUGCUGCACUGGGAAUCGCUGCAACAAUGGUAUUUGUAUUCCUGUUGCUGAGACAAUUCUGACUGCUCAUAUACCAGAACUGGAAGGACGUUCCAAAACUCCAAAAAAAAAGGGUCAUGUGUCUAACAAGGAUCUAGGAUGGCAAAAUCUUGGAAAGCAUCACUCUAAACUCCCACAUAUAAAAGGACAUGAAGGAGACCCUUGCCUUCGGUCAUCUGACUGUAUAGAAGGCUUCUGCUGUGCACGUCAUUUUUGGACCAAAAUAUGUAAACCUGUAUUACACCAAGGAGAAGUGUGCACCAAACUAAGAAAGAAAGGCUCCCACGGUUUGGAGAUUUUUCAGCGUUGUGACUGUGCUAAAGGGUUGUCUUGCAAAGUAUGGAAAGAUGCCACAUAUUCUUCAAAAUCAAGACUUCACAUCUGCCAAAAAAUUUGAGCGUUUGUUAAGAAGCCGUUGUUACAACAGACUGUGUGGUAACAGAAAGGUACAGAAAGGACAAGUACAUACAAAAUGGACUUUGGUACUGAGGACAUACACUGAACUGAAAGGAACAUUCAUUGAACUGGACCUAUUGAAGUUUAUCACUAGUGUAAAUAGACUAUUUCCAGAAGGAUUACGUCAUACAAAUAACUAUUAUUUUAACAGUGCAUGUACACUGAUUUUAUAAAAUGUAAAAUCAUUAAUAAUUUAGAAAUAAUCUAUCUUUGUGUAUGCUGUUUAAGUACUUAAUCAAUAUCCAAAAGCAUGGAUUUGUUGUCCAUAUUCAACAAUAUUUCACAGUGCUCGAAACACUACAAAAUGUGUUAAUGAUGCUGCAUGGAGGGAGGUGGAGUACAGGUAUAUAUUUAAACAGUAAGGAGGGGAACGUUAAUGAUUGCGAAUACAAUAUGACCUAACAAAUUUAUCUUAUGGCUGUCAUAUAGAAACCAGAAGGUCACUUUCUGCAGUGGCACAAAGUACAACCCUAGUAAAGAGAAGAAUUGUAUAAUGCUAACAUGAUUUUCUCAUGCGUUGAUCACUCAAAUGGUUAAUAAAAACCAUCCAAAUUGUUCUAUUUCUUUGCACUGGCACAGGACUUUCAACAUAAGUUUUAUUUUUAGCAGAUCUCUUCUUGGGAUAUGGUCAUAACAUUUUAUUAUUCCGAUCAAUCAAGCUAAAUCACCAUUACAUAGUGUCCUGUUCUUUGUCAAAAACCCAUUUUAACACACAAAAACAAAAUGCUGGCUUAGCCAUUACUGGCAAAGUAACCUAGAAAAGUUGAGACGAUCAUUUAUGAAUAACAGACUGACACGCGCUAGGUAUGGCUGCGAUCGUGCAGAACACAUGCUGUAAUUAUUAUUAAAUUAUACCAGUUUGGAGGGAAAAAAAAACUAAACUUUUAUGCACAACACAGUGAGCAUUGGAACCUUUGAGUUGGUUGCUGCCAAUUUGUUUAUUGAAUUCUUUAAAGAAAAUCUGGGUUUGGAAGCUUAUAUGUUUAUAUAUAAACUGGUAUCACAAUGUCUAAGAUAUGGAAUAUAAAACUCACAGUCUAAUGAUAUCAUUUUCAUGAGACAUUCACUUAAAAAAGCAAUAUUUUCUAGCAGAACAUUGAAGACUGUAAAUCCACAUCUUUAAUGCGUUCUACUUUGCCUUUAUCUAAUCACAACGUAUUUUCAGGAAUAAUUUUUUUACUCGUUUUUAUGUUACGCGGUGGUUCACAAUGUUUACAUUUAAAAACCCGUUUGCUACUUCCAACAGUUCCAAUAUGUUCAUUUUUUUUUCUAUAGUCAUGGCUAGAAAAAUAAAAUACUCAUAUUUGUAGAAAUAUAGAAUGUAUUUCUUCACUUUGCACAUUAAACUGCCGAAUUAUUUAAAAGUCGAAGUGCAAUUGAAGU